GGAUUGUCGCUGCACACAGCGGUAGGGCAUUAUCGGGAUGUGUGGGUAAACAUUCAUAAAUCCACAACCUUACGGCUCGCCCCCCUUUUGUUGUUCUUAGCUGCGUAGCAAGUUUUACGAUCCACCUCUUUCCAUCUGCUCGCGCUACUUUAUCUUUGGUGCGAUAGUCCAUUUGCGCUGGCAGAUUGUGAUCGAAAGCAUGUUGCUGAAGGGAUUGUGUUCGUCCGUGGUCAAUUAUGGCAUCCGCCGUGGUGCGCAUUACAGUACUGCGACGGGUCGUGAAAGUGACAAACAGUUUCCGCUCGAAGGAAUCCGGAUCCUUGAUCUGACGCGCAUCGUAGCCGGUCCGUACUGUACGAUGGUGCUUGGAGAUCUUGGUGCCGAGGUGUACAAGAUCGAGCGGCCAUUCGAGGGCGAUGAGUCGCGCAAAUGGGGUCCACCGUUUAUGCGCAACUCGAAAGACUCGGUUUACUUUAUGGCAGCGAAUCGCAACAAGAAGAGUGUGUGUGUGAAUUUGAAGACAGGCCGAGAGGUGAUCUACGAGCUAGCAAAGAAGUGCGAUGUGCUGGUUGAGAAUUAUGUCCCGGGAAAGCUGGACUCGUUAGGUCUGGGCUACGACACCCUGAAAUCAAUUGCUCCCUCGCUGGUUUACUGUUCCAUCACGGGGUUCGGAUCGGAGGGACCGUACAGAACCAAACCCGGCUACGAUGUCAUUGCAGCAUCCAUGGGCGGGCUGCUGCACAUCACCGGAAGUGAGAAUGGACCGCCGGCCAAGGUCGGCAUAGCGAUCACGGAUAUUGCCACCGGGUUGUACGCCCAUGGAGCAAUACUUGCGGCACUGUUACAACGACACCGGACCGGCCGGGGACAAAAGAUUGACGUGAACUUAUUUUCAACACAAGUCGCAUGUCUGAUUAAUGUGGCAAGCAAUUAUCUGAACGCCGGAAAGGAAGCCAAACGUUGGGGAACGGCUCACGAAAGUAUCGUGCCGUACGAAGCAUUUGCAACCAAAACGGGCUACAUUACGCUCGGUUGUGGCAGUGAUGCACAGUUUGUUUCACUCUGCCGUUUGUUGGGUGUGGCGGAGUUAGCCCUGGACGACCGGUUUGCAAACAAUCAGACUCGUGUCGUGCAUCGCAAAGAGUUGAUAGCUAUCCUUUCGGACAUUCUACAACGCAAGUCUUCCUCGGAGUGGAUGGAAAUUUUUGAAAGCGCGUCGUUCCCCGUUGGUCCCAUCAACAGCAUGAAGGAAGUGUUUGAGGACCGUCACCUGCGGGCAAUAGGAAUGGUGAAGACGCUUCCCCAUCCGACAGCUGGCGAGGUGAAGCUGGUCGGUCCACCGGUAGUGUACGGGGAAGCGAAAAACGAAAUCACCUCCAUUCCCCCACAACUGGGCCAACAUACGGACGAGGUGCUGAGAAGUUUGCUCGGUUACGGUGAUACGGAAAUGGAGCGUUUGCGGAAGGCAAAAAUUAUACAAUAAACAGAUUGCAUUUCUUUCACCUUUAAGAUUUGCCGUGUAACGCUCGAAAGAAGCUAAACGCCUUUAUGAAUGCAUUUCAGGAACCACCGGUGUUGCGGUUACGGCUGCAAAAGCCUCGCAAUAGCAAGAAGGUGCAAUGGACGAACGGAACCGUGGAUAAUGAACAUAUGAAUAAGAAAAAGUCCAAGUGUUGCUGCAUCUACGUGAAACCCCGGGCCUUUGGCGAAAGUUCGUCCGAGAGUGAGGACGAGUGUGAACAUUGCUUCGGUCACGUGGAGCUAAAGAAGAAGAACCAGAAAGUUCCACCGAUGCCUGCCAAACGAGACGGUGAUGAUAACGAUGAUGAUGGAGACGGAAAUAAUUCGGAUGAUAUCGAUGGCGCUUCUAUCGGACCGGCCGGCAGCAGCAGAUCGUCAGAAUCUUCGUCAGUACCGAGCGGGGAAUAGCUCGCUUAAAAGAAAAGGCUAUCUACAUGGUUACGAUUUUAUUUCCGUUUUUUGCAUAGCUGCAUAACAAUCCAUUAACAAUCUGGCACCAAUGAUUCAACUCACAAAUCGUUCGUAAAUUUGUAAUUAUUUAUCGUCUCGAACCAAAUGUGUAAAUAAAUCUAUCGUUAAUAAACUGAA